AGCUAUUUAAUACAUCAGUUUAGUAUCAAUUGGGCGCUUAAUACGUGCAGACCAUAUUUGCUUGCAAGUAAAUAAUUUUGGAUUCGUAUCAGUAAAAGUACAUAGCUGAACUACAGAAUGGCACAGGAUAAUCUGACAGCAGUUCUGCACGGAAUAAACGACUUGCGAUUGGAGCAACGUCCGAUCCCGGAAAUAUCAGAUGAGGAGGUAUUAAUCGCAAUGGAUAGCGUCGGGAUUUGUGGAUCAGAUGUUCAUUACUUAACUAAAGGCCGUAUCGGCCACUUUGUGGUGACCAAGCCCAUGGUAAUUGGUCAUGAAAGUGCAGGCGUGGUUGCCAAAGUGGGCAGCAAAGUUAAGAAUCUGGCUGUAGGAGAUCGAGUUGCUAUUGAACCGGGAGUUCCUUGCUACAAAUGCGAUCAUUGUAAGCAAGGCAGCUACAAUUUGUGUCCUGACAUGGCAUUCUGUGCCACGCCCCCUUACGAUGGUAAUCUGACCCGAUACUAUAAACACGCAGCGGACUUUUGCUUUAAGCUACCUGAUCAUGUCACCAUGGAGGAAGCUGCUUUACUAGAACCGUUGUCCGUGGGCGUACAUGCUUGCCGUCGUGCUGGUGUGGGCCUAGGCUCCAAGGUGCUUAUCCUUGGUGCAGGUCCAAUUGGACUGGUUACGUUACUGGUAGCACAAUCUUUGGGAGCCACGGAAAUUCUGAUCACGGAUUUAGUACAGCAACGUCUGGAUGUUGCCAAAGAGUUGGGCGCCACCCAUACACUGCUGCUAAAUAAAGAAGAUGUCGCGGAAGACAUCGCUGAGCGUGUGCGUCAAUUGAUGAGUGCAGAACCCGAUAAGGCGAUCGACUGCUGCGGAGCAGAGAGCAGCACGCGACUGGCAAUCUUUGCUACACGAUCUGGCGGUGUUGUUGUUAUUGUUGGCAUGGGACCGCCUGAAAUGAAGCUACCCCUGUUCAAUGCCUUGGCUCGAGAGGUAGACAUUCGCGGUGUCUUCCGUUACUGCAAUGACUAUUCCGCUGCCUUGGCUCUGGUGGCGUCUGGAAGAGUGAAUGUAAAGCGCCUUGUCACACAUCAUUUUGAUAUCACAGAGACUCAAAAAGCAUUCGAAACAGCUCGGGAUGGGUUAGGUGGCGCCAUUAAAGUUAUGAUACAUGUACAAGCUAGAAAUACAAAUAAUCCAGUAUUUUAGCUUGCCAUGAAACGUAACACUAUUAUUCAAAAUAUAUUAUUUCGACAAACACAA